AUUCGAGCCUUGCGCGCUGCGGUUGGCGUUGGAGCCGCUUUCGAAGGGGCGCGAGCCCCCCUUCUUCCUCCUUUUUCCCGCGCAUUUCCAACCGCCUUAGCUUGCCUUGGAGCCACCUUUAAAGGGGCGCAAGCCCCCCCCUUUCCCUCCUCCCCUUUUUCCCCGGCGCAUUUCCAACCGCUUUCGCUUGCGUUGGAGGAGCCGCCGCCUUUAAAGGGGCGCGAGCCCCGCCCGCCUUCUUCCCCCCCGCGCAUUUCCAACCACCUUCGCUUGCCUUGGAGCCGCCUUUAAAGGGGCGCGAGCCUCCGCCCCCGCCCCCACUCUUUUCCCCGCGCAUUUUCAACCGCCUUCGCUUGCCCUUCUAUGCGUUUGUUUGUUUUGACCUCACACCCAUGCGCACGCGCGCCUCUUUUAAAAGUCCUUGAGGGCACUGGCGAGAUGCGUGCGUAAAGGUGGCACUAAGGGCCUCCAAUGUCUCUCGAUCUCAAAUGCCAUAACUUGCAUUACCAGAGAGAAACACUGUUUUCUUUCUGUCUCCUUUUUUGAGGAAACCCUUGUCUCAACUUUCUCCUUCAGCUGCCUAAAGCAACACAAAAGAUUUUUCGUCCCAGACUUCUAAGGGGCGACCCCACUGACUCUGUCAAUUCCUGACUAAACUAAUCUCUUCUCUUUCUUUCCUGGACAUUCACUUCUUUUGGUUCAAGCUUAGUGACACAAAACUGUCCACGGGCAUGUUUCAUUAAGGAUUGGCCUCAUCUGUUAGAGGUGUUUUUAAAAUAAUAACAAUAAUAAUCUGGUAAUUAAGAAAAGCGUUUUCCUUUUAAAGGCAUUUUUGAUCCCUCGUUUAAAAUGUUGAUAUUCCCCACCUGACUUUCAAGAUCUUAGAAGGGGCUAAUGUUCCCACCCCCACUUUGAACAUUAUGGCCACAGGAGCCACUAGUGGGACACUUACUUUGUUUUGGGGGUUUAUUUUAAUUGCCCCUUUUGACCCCAUUUCAGUCUGGAGUGCAUCACUUGGGAACAUUUUGAGUGCAGAAUACAUAGCAGAAAAGAGCCACUCUUUAACAAUGAAUGCAACAGUGUGAGAUUUCAGGCAAGACAACUUCAACCUGAUAUUAUCAUAAUACAAAAGGAAUCAGAGGCACCAUUAGGAUCAGAUAUGCCCCAGAACAUUCAGGGUUCUAAUGAAGUGAUGUCAAGGAUUCUGACUGAUUUGCAGCCCAUGAAGCAGUUAGCAUGGAAGAACAAGAAGCGCUGGGAACUUGACAAAAUAAAAGGAAAAAGGGCAAGAUUCCUUUUAAGACAGCCAAAGUCUAUAGGCAGACAGGGUUGGAUUUACAGAAAGUUAACUAAAAGGCAAGAAUGUAUGAUUACAAACGAACCCAGCAGUGAGGACAAACUCCAGCAACAAAAUAUACAAUCCAUGAAACAGAGAGACAUUCUUAGAUGUGUGAGAAGUUCCUAUUUCAGUGGCAAGAAAUCGAAAAUACAGGAAAUUUUAAUAUAUUCUAAAGACAGAAGAAGAGCAGACUGGAAAAAUAAUAAUUCAGAGAGAGUCAUUGCCCAUAAUGUCAAAAAAGAGCAAAUGUUAGGACUAAAGGAAAGAAGAAAAAGAGCUGCAAACAAAGGGAAGCUACACUCUGUGUCUUUGAAAUCUUUUGAUAGCUAUGAUUCAUCCUACAGUUUGUCCUCUUUCUUUAUUCCAAGCAGUGUCCAGAGAAAGUUAUCUCACAGGCUGAAGAGAAGCCCUUCCAGUUCCUAUAAAAAAGGAAACAAUUUGGAGGAUAAGUUUGUGAUCGACAAGUUUAAAAUGAAGGAACAGAAAAUAAGGGAAACAGGGAAAUUUCUGAAGAAAAGAGAAGCAGAAGAUAUAGCAACACUGCAUAGCAACUCACAUUUGAAACUACGCGCUUUAAAAACAGAAAUGAAAAUGUCUGCAAUUGCAGAGCAUCUGUCUGACCCGUCCCAUCAUCUGUCAAAAGAAGAAAAACUUGCCUAUAUGCAUGAACUCCAAGAAGAACUAAAGUUGUUCAUUUGGCUGCUGCAGCAGCAAAUGCUGGUGCACUCACAAGAGAAACUUCAAGAUUUGGCCAAAAUGGUUGGCCUCCCUAAUCCCACAAUUUCCUAAUACUUCUGGUUCUAACUUAGAAAAGUGGGAUUCAAAGUGCUUCAUUCCUAAAAACAAAUAAAUAGUUUGUUUCAUUAGAAAAAUUCCUGCCAUUUAGUAUUGGCCUGCAAGAAUAAUAGUUAUAAUUUAUUUCAUUUUCUAUAAAUACACUUUGGCAUAUCAGCCUUUAAAUCAAUAUUCUGCUCAUCCCCUAUGUUACAUUGGUUUAUAACUUGUUUUUUAAAAAUGCACUCUGGAAAAAACUGUAUAAGUUGAAAAAGAUUAAAAUGAUUUCUGAUAAA